AUGCUUAGACCUAGUAAGGGGAAAAAGUGGUUCAAACCCGUAUUCGAUUUAGAUGAUAAUUUACCGGCAAAAAAAAUUGCACUAGAUUCGCCGAAAGUAAAAAGUCAAGAUGAUGAGAAAAAUCUACAAUUUGCAAGUAAUACAAAUAUUUUAAACAAUGUUCGAGACAGUAAUUGGAUGAAAAAUUUUGAUCCUGUGAAUGUAGAGGAUCUAGCUGUUAACAAUAAAAAAGUAUUGGAACUUGAAGAAUGGAUGAAGAAUAGUUGUUUGAAAUUAACCAAUGAUAUACUGCUUUUGUCUGGCCCGGUGGGUUGUGGAAAAACUGCAACUAUUCAGACACUGGCUUCGAAAUAUAACAUAAAGGUCACAGAAUGGAUCACACCCUUAGAUAUUGAAUAUCCCUCUGAAUAUGGAGAUUAUGAAUUCAAAGAGCCACAAACAAAAAAGUUCCUAGAAUUUAUUAUCAAUUCUGCAAAUUUCACAUCAUUGUUAGAUAAUAACAGUUGCAAGUUGGUGCUUGUUGAGGAUUUUCCGAAUAUCUUUUUGAGAACUCCAGCUGAGUUUACAGAAGUAUUGACGUUUAAUGCAGUGACCUUAACAGGAUUAAAAGGAGCUCUUAAAAGAGCUUCUACUAUCAUGAAUAAUAAAUUCAGUUCAACAUAUAAUAAUCCAACCACCGAAAUUAUAGAUUCAGUUGUAAAUUCAUCAGGUGGAGAUGUCAGAUCAGCAAUAUUAAAUCUGCACUUUGCCUGCUUGAAAGGUUCUACCUGUAACUUGGAGACUAGCAUAAUAAAAGAAAAGGAAAGUAAAUCUAAAACAUCAACCAGAAGGAAAAAGAAUGUCUCCAACAAGUUUAUGACAUUAGGGAAAGAUCAAACAGUUAGUAUAUUACAUGGAGUAGGCAGAGUCUUAAAUCCUAAGGAAACUGUGACUGAACAUGGACACAAGACAUUAACACAUAAUCCAAAGGACAUUAUUGAGCAAUUUCUAAGUCAUCCAUCUUCAUUCAUCAACUUUCUCCAUGAGAAUUAUCUGCCUCAUUACUCUUGUGCUUAUGAUGUUGACGAGGCUGCCACAGCACUAAGUGAUGCUGACUGUAUGUUGGCUGAAUGGAGGGAACAAAUUUGUCAGGAGUAUGGUUUAUAUACAGCUGUAUCUGGUCUUAUGUUGGCUAACAAAUCCCCUGUUCCUGCUUGGAAUCCUGUUAGAGGACCAAAAACCAUGAAAGUUAUUUAUCCGUAA